GCCUAAGUCCUGCCGGGGGGGGGGGCUUCCCCCAACUGAGGAGCACCCAAUGACAAGAAGAGCGUCAGAAAAGCCUGGGCCGCUCAUUCAGGCCCCAAGGGUCCCCUCAUAGCCUGGCGUCCUUUUCUCCCCGCAGCCAGCCAGGUGUCCCCUUUUGGCCCUCCCAUGCCUCUUCCCUUCCAGCUGAGCUCUGAGAAACAUCUCAGUCGAUUCUUGAAAUCAACAGUAAAGCAUCGGGGAGAUGGGGGCCCUCGGAAUACAGUAUGUAGAGCUCAAGCCAUGGUGGGCUUCUGAGGUCAAAAGCGGCAACUUGAAUUGUUACAGGGAAACCAAGGAGCAGGUAUGCGGUGAACAGUCUGGGCGAUGGCGUGGAAGACCCAGAUGGGGACUCCAGAGAGCCCUCGCCGCUCACUGAUGAGCAGGUGGUGUCGGGGUUCUCGGACGUCAUCCUGGCCACGAUCCUGGCCACCAAAUCCGAUAUGUGUGGCAAGAAGUUUGAGCUGAAGAUCGACAACGUCCGUUUUGUGGGACACCCCACCCUGGUGCAGCAUGCCUUUGGCCAGAUCUCCAAGACAGACCCCUCCCCAAAGCGGGAGCUGCCCACCAUGAUCCUCUUCAAUGUCGUCUUCGCCUUGAGGGCCACGGCGGACCCUUCGGUCAUCAACUGCCUCCACAAUCUCUCUCGCCGCAUCGCCAUUGUCCUCCAGCACGAGGAGCGCCGCUGCCAGUACCUGACGCGGGAGGCCAAGCUCAUCCUGGCCAUUCAGGACGAAGCCUCUGCCAUCUCGGAGACGCCUGAGGGGCCCCAGUCGCCUUUCCUCCACAUCCUCCCCAAGUGCAAGCUAGCCAGAGACCUGAAGGAGGCUUACGACAGCCUCUGCACGACAGGCGUGGUCCAGCUGCACAUCAACAACUGGCUGGAAGUGAGCUUCUGCCUGCCCCACAAGAUCCACUACGCUGCCUCUCGCUUCAUCCCUCCCGAAGCCAUCGAGAGGAGCCUCAAGGCCAUUCGGCCGUACCACGCCUUGCUGCUGCUGAAGGACGAGAAGGCGCUUCUGAGUGAGCUGCCGCUGGACUGCUCCCCCGCCCUGGUGCGCGUGAUCAGAACCACCUCGGCUGUCAAGAACCUCCAGCAGCUGGCCCAGGACGCCGACCUGGCACUGCUGCAGGUGUUUCAGCUGGCAGCGCACCUGGUCUACUGGGGGAAGGCCAUCAUCGUGUACCCGCUGUGCGAGAACAACGUCUACAUGCUGUCUCCCAAUGCCAGCGUCUGCCUCUACUCCCCCCUGGCGGACGACUUUGCCUGCCACUUCCCCGGCCACGACCUGCCUUCCGUCCUCUCCAAGUUCUCCUUGCCGGUGUCCCUGGCGGAGUUCAAAGACCCCCUGGCUCCCCCCGUGCAGGAGACACAGCUCAUCCAAAUGGUCGUCUGGAUGCUGCAACACCGACUGCUCAUGCAGCUGCACACCUACGCCUGCCUGAUGGUGCCCCCCAGGGAGGAAGACGUCCGGCCCCGGGCGGAGGAAAUGCCCCUGGCGGCCAGAGUCGGGGGGCGCAGCCUCAGCACCCCCAACGCCCUCAGCUUUGGCUCCCCAACCAGCAGCGACGACAUGACUCUCACCAGCCCCAGCAUGGACAACUCCAGCGCAGAGCUGCUGCCCGGAGGGGACUCCCCCGUCAACAAGCGCAUGACCGAGAACCUGCUGACCAGCCUCCCGGAGCAUGAGCGAGAGGCCAUCCUCAGUGUCCCAGCCGCCAACAACCCCGAAGACCUGCGCACCUUUGCCAGGCUGCUGCACUACUUCCGUGGGCGCCACCACCUGGAGGAGAUCAUGUACAACGAGAACAUGCGCCGCUCCCACCUCCUGAUGCUCUUCGACAAGUUCCGGGGCGUGCUAGUGGUGACCAACCACGAGGACCCCGUCAUCUCCGUCUUCCAGUCCUUCCAGAAGUGAGGAGAAGCAGCCGCUGCCCAGGACUUGGAAGGAGGGUGGCUGGCCCUUGGGAUGGGGGGAAGAACACCAGAUAUGGGGGGGCAAGGAGGGGACUCGGGGGCCUUGUGCACAGACGCCUGCCAGCGGGCCUGAUUCAGCCGCACUCCUGGCACUGCCAGGCCUCGGGUGCUGCUCCUGGGCCUCUGCUGAUGGCUGCCAACCGACAGAGCAAUCUGUUGGAUGCUUCUCUUGGCUGGGGACCUGUGUCCCGAUAGUUGCAGGCAACCCUCAGACUGUUCACCUGCAGUUGCACAAUUACAAGCACAUGCUGGAAAAUGUGAACUCUUUCUCCUCGUAAGUCAGGGAACAAGUUCGUUGUGAAGUACCGUCUCUCUUCCUCCCUACCUUGACCCACAAACCUCCCUUCCUCACUUCCGAAGGGCAGGGGACCACUGCAGAGCCUGGCCGCUGGCUUGGCCUCCUCUCUCAGGACACCAGAACUGGCCUCAUCCUGCUUGCUUGAUCAGGUGGCCCCUCUCUCCUCUGCAAGGACCAGGGGCAGGAGCAGGUUUAACAAAGGGAAUGGGGGGGAUUUGUUGGGGUGAUUCUGGUACCUCUUCCUAGCAACAGAGGAACUCUUUUAUCUCUCCACAUCUUGGAAGGGGGUGUCUUCCUCCUUCCAAUUCUGCGUUUUGCAGGCAGCUCCUUUACGCUACAAGCAGGAAGGCUUUCCUGCAGCCACAACCACCAGUCUCAAAGCAAAGCAAUCUAUUUUAUUUUGGAAAUAAAUAAAUACAUAAGGCUGA